AUGGCGCGUCUGCGCUUGGCGCGCUUGCGCCCUCGCUUGCCGGCACUGCGCAGGCCGCUGGCAGCCACGCUUGCUGUGCUGUCGCUCGUCCUGGUCCUGGCGGCUGGGAGCAGCUUCGUCUCUUCACCGCGAGGCCUGCUCCGCUCUAGUUUGCCCCGGAGCCGCCGCGUGGCUCGCGGCGCGCUGGAUGUCGAAGGCCUGGCAUCUUUCGCCUCCUUUUCGGUGCUUGCCGGGUCACCCAUUCCGCUUGGCCUCGGGGCCCUCUUCCGCCGUGCCGAGGAUGUAGCAGCGACGGCUGCGCCGGAGGAGGAGGCGACAUGGCCAGAGUUCGCGCUGCCGAGCUUCGGAUCAGAGCCAACGCCAAAGGUUGAGGAGGAAGCCGAUGGGAAGCGGCCUUGGGCCCAGGCCCUGCGGCCAGGUCCCCGACUGCAGCCACGGCGCAUGGCUCGCGUGAUCGGCAUGGCGCUGGCCCCCCUGGCCCUGAUCUGGGCCUUGCUGCGGGCGGCACUGACCUUCCAUGCAGUGGAGACGGCGCAGGGGUCUCGCCCGCUCAGCUCUCCUGCGAAGGGGCACAGGGCCCUGCUCACCGCCGCGCGAGCUCCGCCCUCGAAGAUGAGCGCCACGAGCCUGGCGCUGGUGCCCAUCGUGGCGGCGGCAGCGAUGCAAGCGCGAGGAGGAAGCGCGCUGGCGCAGAAAGCGGAGCGUGCGAGCGGCGUGCCGCCGGCGCUGAUGGGCCUGGCGGCCUGGCUGCUUCUGAUGUUUGCAAUCCAGCACAGCUGGGUUGUGGUCCCAUUCUUGUCAGAGGCGCAGUACCAGUACUUUCCGAUAGUGGCCACUUUUGUGGCAGGCUAUGCAGUCAUCGUCCUGGAGGAGCAGACUGAGAUCAACAAGGCAGCCACGGCCUUGAUACUCGGAGUUCUGGUCUGGGCCUUGGUCGGCACUGGCAUCGACAUGACAGCUUCCGAGUUUGACACGGCGAUCGCAGAAACCUUGCAGAAUGUCGCUGAAGUCGUCUUUUUCCUGCUUGGGGCUCUCACCAUUGUGGAGAUCAUGGAUGCCCACAAAGGGUUUGACAUAAUAACCUCAGCCAUCAAGGCCACCAACCAGAGAGAUUUGCUGAUAACCAUCGGCGUCCUCACCUUCCUGCUUUCCUCAGUGCUAAACAACCUCACCGUGGUUAUCGUGAUGGUGUCUUUGCUCCAAAGGCUCGUCCAGGACGAUGACUUCCGGAUGAAACUUGGAGGUCUGGUGGUGGUGGCCUCCAACGCUGGUGGGGCCUGGACUCCCAUUGGGGACAUCACUACCACCAUGCUGUACAUAGGCGGACAGGUCACCACCGUGCCCCUGUUAACGAACCUCUUUGUCCCGAGCUCGUUAUGCUUGCUGGGCGCCAUGGGCUACGAGCUCCUAUUCGUGAUCGAGGGCCGGAAACCUUUCCAGCGGCGCAAAGAGAAGAGUAUCAGCACAGAGGCGCCCGCCGGUCAACAGCUGGUCUUCUGGGGCGGUUUGCUGGGAAUGGUGGGGGUGCCGGUCUUCACGGCCUUCACGAAAUGCCCUGCCUGGACCGGGAUGAUGCUGGUCUUGGGUUUGCUGGGUCUCAUCACCAGCCUGCUCCACGAGCCGGGGGACGACCGUUACUCCCUGAAGGGCGCUCUGAAGCGCGUGGAGGUCCCGGAUGCGCUCUUCUUCCUGGGUGUGCUCUUUGCGGUGGGCGCCCUGGAGAGGGUGGGGUUGCUGAAGGACUUCGCGGAGCAGCUCAGCCAGCUGCUUCCCGACGACUCCUUGGUGGCCAUCUUCCUGGGCUUCGCGUCCGCUAUCGUGGACAAUGUCCCUCUGGUCGCGGCGACCCAGGGAAUGUACGACCUCUCCGCGCACCCCGCCAACGACGGUCUCUGGAACCUCAUCACUUACUGCGCCGCCACUGGCGGCUCCCUGUUGGUGAUAGGCUCGGCGGCCGGAGUGGCCUUCAUGGGCAUGGAGAAGGAGGUAUCCUUCGGCUGGUACGUCCGCAGCGUGGCACCUGCUGCUCUUGUGGGCUACCUCCUCGGGGUCGGAGGCGUCCUGGGCCAACAGGAUUUGGUGGUGCCUCUGAAGUUCCAGCAAAAAAAAGCAGAAAACACUUUGCUUCGUGAGCAAGCUGAUUUGCUUUGGCGUUCCAUGGUAUUCUACACGCCGGCCACAGGGAAUGUUUUGUUCUUUGCCUGUGGGGAGUGUGAUUCUCGCUUGGCCGAUCAAAGGCACAAUCGCGGCAGCCAGCUGGUCCCUCGUCUAGAGGACAGCGGACAGAUGCUGGCUAGGCCUCGUGACUUAAUGUGGGCCUUCCCCUCCUUUGCUGUCUUCCUGGACAAGUCUGGAGAGACCGCCCCAGCGGGCUUCCCCAUGUGGGCACGCUGGUUGUGCCUGGCCACGUUUUGGCCGGGUGUGAUUUGGUAUCUCUACUACAAGCUGCUGGUUGAAGAUGACCUGCGUUACUAUCGGGGUUUGGGCAUUGGCGGCUCGCUGGUGAUCGUCCCCUUCGCUUUGGGCCUCUUCGCAGGUGUGUUUGGCGAGCGCCUGGCCUGA